GCCUUAUUUGCCAUACUGGGUUCAUUACAGCAGAUGUGGAGCACAUGGCCGAUGACCUGGAAGCAGACGAGACCGCAGGUCUUCAGGAAAGCAGGAAUCUUUGCACACUGUCUGAUGAGCUGGCAAGCAGCAUUAUGGAGAGCAACGAAGCCCCCGCAAAGGAGACCAUAGCGCCCAGGUGGAGCUUUUGAACUUGCAGCGUGACGAAUUGUGAAGCACAUUGAAGCACAGGCUAUUUGUUUCAGGCAGCCUGCUCCAAGUCCUGUGAGCAAACCAAAAGCUAAGCCCAAAGCUACCUUUGUCUCCACAACCAUGGCAUGGGGAAACAGCAGAUCGAAAGUGAAUAAAUGGAGCUCGACAGCUGGCUUCAAAGAUACUCUGACUGGUGAGCAGAUCUCCCGAGCCCAAGCUAUUGCGGAGGUGGGCAAAGUGCAAAAGGAGUCGGCGAUGCGAAUCCUGGAGAUGCUCUCUGAAUUGCUCAUGCUACGACCAGACCAUUUUGUACAAAAGGGACACUUGUUGGAAAAGAUCGAGUUCGAGCUGGAGACUUCAAAAGCCAUGCUGCUACAGCACUCCAAAGGACUGCUGGGCAGUGAUUUGGCAGAACUCAGAAUUCAGAAAUCGGAAAAGAAGGCGCUGUUCGACAAGAUCGCAAAGCGGAAUCGGUCCUUCACACAAGACAUUGCCGGGCAAAGACAACGACUUCGCCAUUUUUCUGAUGAGCAUGCCCAGGUUGUCAGCAGGAUUCUGAAAGAAGCGAAAGAAGCAAGCAGUUUGCAGGCCUUUGGACGAGAGACUCAAGCCUGUAUGCUGGCUGUGUUCGAACACAAGCUGAACUCGGUCUUCUCAGUGCCGCUGGAUCGAAAGCCAAGCGAAGUGCAGGCAGCACCAACCCAACCCACAAGGCUUGAGAACAGCUUUUUGAAAGAGCGGGUGAGCUCGUUGGAGCAGCAAGUCGACCUCCUGACGCAGAAAAUUGCCACGGUCCAGCGGCAACAUGCGGUCCUGAUCGCGACGAAGGAGAAAUUGGAAGAGGACUUGGAAGAGCUUCGUGGUCCAAGCUCUUCAGCCUCUGCGUCUCUCAGUGCCCAGAAUCUCUCGGCCCUGUCCACACCCAGUGAAAGAGUGUCCGGACGAUGACGAGUCGAUGAGCCAAUGAGCCGCACUUGGCGACAGCCCUAAGGGCCACCAAGUGGGCCUCGCAUGGCCGCUUCGUUUUUUGUCGGUAGUCUUUUGGUCUUGUUUUAGACGUCAGGACCCGUUUUAGACGUUUUGUUGAAAGAAGGACGCUUCUUUUUGUAAAAUGACUCUUCAACAUCUCCAUUUCUCACAAAGGCCCAAAAGACUUUGAUGCACUAAGCUGCACAAGUCUCGUAGACCUCCUGACGGGGAGGAUUCGAGGAUUCAAGUCAGAUUCCCAAA